AUGAAGUCCUUCACCUGCACCUCCCUCCUCCUAGGCCUUACCUCUCUCACGGGGUCCACCACCGCCGCCUCCCUCCAACAAAUAACCACCGACUUCGGUCCCAACCCCACCAACGUCGGCUUCUACAUCUACGUCCCUGACGUCCUCGCCUCCAAGCCCGCCAUUCUCGUCAACCCGCACUGGUGCCACGGCACCGCACAAGCCGCCUACGCCGGCUCGCAGUACGCCACCUGGGCCAACACGCACGGGUACAUCGUCAUCUACCCGAACUCGCCCAACUCUGCCGAUCAGUGCUGGGAUUUAUCCUCCAAGGAAGGGUUGACGCACGAUGGCGGUGGUGAUUCUCUCGGUAUCGUGAGCAUGGUCCGCUGGACGAUCAAGAAGUACAACGCUGAUGCGUCGCGGGUUUUCGUCACGGGUGUGUCGAGCGGCGGGAUGAUGACCAAUUUGCUCGUAGGGGCGUAUCCGGAUGUGUUCGCUGCCGGAAGCGCCUUUGCUGGUGUGCCGUUUGGAUGCUAUGCGUACCCGGGCAACAAUUCGGGGGUCUAUGGCUGGUGGAGUGAUGAUUGUGCGAAGGGACGGGUUACCUAUACCGGCGCGGAGUGGAAGGCGAUUGUCCAGGCGGCGUAUCCGGGCUAUACCGGGUGGAGGCCCAAGUUUCAGACCUUCCAUGGGACGGUGGAUGAGACGGUGGAUUAUGUCAACUUUGGGGAGCAGGUGAAGCAGUGGACUUCGGUGUUGGGGCUGAGUGAAACGCCGACCAAGUCUACAGCCAACACACCCGUCAAUGGAUGGACAAAGUACGACUAUGGGACGGAGGGGAGGUUUGAGGCCUUCAGUGCCGCGGGUGUGAGCCACGGCAUUCAGAAUCAGGAGAGCACUGUCAUGGCUUUCUUCCAACUGAACUGCACGACUGCUUGCUUCUCUUGGGGACAAGGCGGACAGGGAGGGACCUUACCAUCUGUGUCGAGUUCAUCAACGAAGAGCUCCAGCACCAGCACGGUGGCAGUGACGAGCUCGGUAAAAACAACCUUUACUACCACGAAGGUCACAUCGGUUACAAAGCCAGCAGUGACGACGACGGCUUCAGUAGGCGGGCAGACGUUGUGGGGGCAAUGUGGUGGCAGUGGAUAUACCGGACCAACUGCUUGUGCAACAGGUACAUGCACCACGUAUAAUCCUUAUUACGCCCAGUGUACACCGUCCUCUUGA